AUGAUUGCUGUGGGAGCCGACUUUCUAGAGCCCGAGCCUAAUUCAUCCACUGCUAAUUUCCAGGUGGCGCCUGUGGGAAAUGAGUUGCCGUCACUAAACUGUGACUUUGGUGACCUUCUCCUCCCCAGUGAACUUGAUCAGUUGCUCAUGCAGAAUUUUUGUGACAUAGCCCUCUCAUCAGAGUCUUUCAUGCAUUGGGACUUGAGUAUGCCAGACAGUGAACACAGUGUACCCCUUCAACCAGCGAAUGAUCUUCCUUCUUUCUUGUAUGAGAACACACCUAAUUCUAGAGACUUGAACCUACUGUUCCUGGAGAAGAGCCUAGCCCCUCAUGGACCACCAGUCCCUGGUGUCAUCACUGGGGAUUUAACACCACCACACCCAGGGGGUCUGACCCCUACCAACAUGUCUCGCUCAACGUCGCCAGCGUGGAGUGAAAGCAGCGGCAGCAUGAGUGCCAGCAGCGUGUCGGGAGGAACCCUGAAGGAGAACCUUGCAGCCAGACGCAGCAACCCGCUCCCCAGGCACAAGAGGCCAGCCCAUAAACGAGCUGAGAUCAAACGUCGAGAUAAGAUUAAGACCUCUUUAGAUGACAUCAAAGAAUAUGUGCCAUCUUUACGAGACAAGGGUAAACUCAGCGAAUCUGCCAUCCUUUCUAAAGCGGCUGAAUACGUUCACCUUCUGAAAGACGAGCAUUUGGAGCGAGGGAGCAAAGUGGCAGAACUCCGACGAGAGAUAGAAUGCCUGAGCUCAGAAAUUCAUGGUUUUCAAGAUAAUCUCCCAGCUGCCGGUUUGAGAGAAGAAGCCUGUGUUGCUCCCACGCUUGAUGAGAUGUAUCGCACCUGGGCUACGGAGGAAAGCCAGAAGUCCACAAAGUUUUUUAUUUUCAGCUCAAUAACGUCUCGGCUGUUUGGCACUUUCAAAGAAGUUGUUGGGCCUGCAACAAGCCUUAAUGGUCUAUUCAGCAGAGCACAAGAAUGGCAAUCAAAGUAUUUGGCUCUACCAGUCAUCAGAAAACAAAUUCUCAGCGGGAUGUUGGAUCUAUGUCGCCAGAGCAAUAUUGUGAUCAGCAGUGAUAAUCUCAAAGUGGAGUUUGGGUCAUCGACAGAUAAUUUUCAGCGUGAAAGCAUUUCAUGA